AUGAGGACCGACAACUAUCUCAAUCUUUGCCUUGACCAGGCUGCGAAGAGUCCUCUUCGCUAUCGCCAUGGCGCUAUAAUCGUUCGCGGUGGUAAGGUCAUAGGCCAGGGCUACAACGAUUACAGGACUGGCUUUGACGGAGGUGCGCUGAAGACCGGUCUGCUGCCACUGCGCUCUUUGGACGGUUCUGCUAUUGCUGAGCUCAAGAAGAAAAAGCUCAAGUCCAGGGGACACAUGAUAGAGGUGGCUGUUCCCGCGGCUGCGAAGACCUUUACGCCUUUUGAGAUGACAACUGGAGGCGGCAAGCUGGCCAACACGCCUCUGUCGAUGCAUUCUGAGAUGAUGGCAAUCCAGUCUGCGCUUUCUGCUGCUAGUUGCGCGGCUUUCACUGCUGUCUCUUCCCAAAAACCGUGCUUCAAACUAUCGGGUGAUUCUAAAUGCAAAGCCCGGCUACGACGUGAGGCAGUCAAGCUAUAUGUCGAGACAGUCUGCAAGUUCGCCGCGGAGCAGCACACCGUCGAGUCUUCUGUUCAAGAGUGUCUUGCGUUUCACGACAAGGAGGAGAAGAACGUGGCGUCGUCAGCAGAGAACAGUAUGAAGAAACAUCAAAUGAAAAACGAGAAGACGAAAUAUCACCAUCAUCACAACAUUGGCAACAAUGGACAACACGCUCACAAGCGCUCACAGCAUGCACAUAAGUUAUCUACAAAGAAGAAUCUUGACGCCAUAGAGCUCUCCAACGCCAGCGUCAAGCUCAAAGAUGUAGCUAUUCAACCUGCUUCGAAAAAGAACGCACACAAAGCUUCCGCAAGUCCUUCCCAGGCCAAGAAUGAGUCCAUGUUGAUGCCCACUGGACAGACUGGUCGCAGUACCAGAGACCGGACCAAGCUGCCUCGCCUCCAUGGUGCUGACCUAUACGUUGCAAGGCUUGGCUGGACAUUUCAAAGUUCCGUCAACGAGUCGGUCGCUUGUUGUGUAGAUUUAGAUGACGGUGCACAAGCAGAGUCUCCGCCGCGUCCGUCUACUGGCUCCCUUCACGAGGAACUGCGGAACCCCGACUUUGAAGCCAAGCCAGCACAGAAGGCCCCGAGUCGCGUCGACGAGACCGAGCCAUCCGUGCAUUCAUCACGACCCUGCUAUCGAUGCAUCUCGUUCAUGGCAUCAGUAGGCAUCAAGCGCGUCUUCUGGACAACGGGUUUCGGGACUUGGGAGAGCGCGAAGGUGCGAGACUUAGUCGAUGCGCUUGAUAACUUAGGGCUGGAGCAGCCUUCGAAUGCUGCUGCGACACUCAGCAACGUCUUCGUCACGAAGCACGAAGUAUUGAUGCUCAGAAGGACGAUGGGUGAUAGAUAA